GGUACGAACGUGUAUUUGAUCGCUCUUCGAAAUCAACAUCACCUCUCUAAGUGCAAUACAAUGUCGGAAGUGAAAACGUACUCGCUGGCGGAGGUGAAAUCGCACAACACGAACAAAUCCACCUGGAUCGUCAUCCACAACGACAUCUACGAUGUGACGCAGUUUCUGAACGAGCAUCCUGGUGGUGAGGAGGUCCUUCUGGAACAGGCAGGCAAGGAAGCGACGGAAGCCUUUGAGGAUGUGGGCCAUAGCAGUGAUGCACGGGAGAUGAUGAAGAAGUUCAAAGUAGGAGAGCUGAUUGAGUCUGAAAGAAAGCAGGUCCCGGUAAAGAAGGAACCGGAUUGGAAAACGGAACAGCAGGAUGAUAAUCAACUGAAGCAGUGGAUAGUGCCACUGAUUUUGGGGCUGCUCGCGACCAUCCUCUACCGGUUCUACUUCACUCAGUAGGGAUCGUCUUUAUUUCCAAUUUACCUUAAGCUAAUAAGUGAGGCAGAGAACGAGCGAGAGUUGGUGGUGAACGUGCGGAACGAACGAAUGGGAACAAAACAAAGCGAAAGUUCGUCCUGCUUCUGUAUGGGGAAACAGCGGUGCAUCUGCCAAGAAAAGGAUUGUUCAUUCCAGGCAAUACUGUGCCCGUUCUCGACGCUGGUGCGGUCUGGGAGGGCAAUAUCUACUAACACGCUCUUAUGAUACCUAAUGCAACGUAGAGCACGGAACGUCGAUACAAUCUGCAGCAAUUCUGCCUUCGGAAGAUCGCAACGGAGGACAAAGCAUCCAUCCAGGCCAAGCAUAUUUAGAAGAGGUAGUUCGUUUUUUUAGUGAAAAUCAAUCUAUCAACACUUCGAGCCAAUACUAACGAUCGGGUGGACUUUACAUCGGGAUUCUGAGACAUUGUUUGAGAGCCUUUAUGCGAAAAAAAACCCCAUUGUGGUCAGAAAUUCUGACCAAUAGUUCAAUCGACACCGCGCUAACCGAACGGUAAGGUGGAUGGCGUACCUCUUUCAUUUUUCUACGAAAAGUAGGAUACCAAAGUUUCAUAGACUGCCUUACAUACAUACCUAGAGGGAGUGGCCCGGCGCAGUCAGGGUUUGGGAUAGGGAACUAUCCCGCCGUUAGGGCAUAUCGAACAAACACUAACCAGCCGCUAUCAGCGUCCGUUUCUUAUUAAAUCGGGUUGUCGCAACCAACGCCGCACCGCGAAAAUUCAUCAAACAUGUUCUCCAGCUAGUUGAACGUUAGUAACUUGAUAUACUUUAUAUACGACUUUUUUUUAUUGUUAAACCAUUCUAUCGGGGUGUAAUGUGCUAUCCUUCCAUUGAUCACGCGGUUCAUUCGCAUGCAUUUGUUUGUUUUUUUUUUACUGUAUCAAAUCUACAAUGGGGAAGGUUUAAUUCUGCGUCUUUACUGCAACAUGGAUGCCUGUUUGUUUUUUAAAUAUUAAUUUUGUUUCCCAUGUGUCUACCAAAA